AGUUCUGGGAACAGUCAUGGCAAGAGCGGCAGCGUCGUCAUUGGCUCUGGAUCAGGCUCGACCGCGGGUACCGUGUCCCUUCAAGGUGGAUCAUCUUCGACGGCCGACGGUGGAUCGAUCAUGCUUUCCUCGGGUGUGUCCAGCGUCGCGCCCGCAGGUCGUGUGAGCAUCCUCGCAGCCAACGGAACUCAAGACGGUGGCUCGAUUCAGCUCGUUGCUGGCUCAUCGAUGGAGAAGCUUGGUGGCUCGGUUGACGUCUCGUCAGGGACGUCAGUGCAUGGCAGCGGCGUGAUUGCUUUGGCCAGCGCCGAUGGCGCCAUGUCGCUACGAACGACAUCAGGUAAUGUCACGAUUGCGUCAGCGGCUGCGAAGGCGGCUGCGGGGGACAUUUCCCUCGCUGCGGGUCUCGGUGGCAGCGUGUCGAUCUCAAGUGGCGACGCUCUGGUUGGUGUGUCUGCAACUGGUGACGUGAGUUUGGCCGCUGGCAUCUCGGUGCAGCGCCGUGUUGGCCAAGUUUCCAUCACGAGCGGUCAUCAAGAUGAAGCCGGUGGCGACGUUGCCAUCGCGACGGCAGCGUCUACUAAGGGCACUGGCGCCGUCGUUAUUGGCUCGGGUGCAUCGAAAGAAUCAUCUGGUGCCGUGACCCUGCAAACAGGCGCAGCCAACUUGCGGUCUGGUGACAUGGUCGUGGCUUCUGGGCAAGGCGCGCUUGUCGGCGGUCAUCUCAACUUGACUGCGGGCGACUCGGCGCAACACGGUGGCUCCGUCACUGUUUCUGGUGGUCGUGGCACAACAAAUGCUGGCUCUGUAACGGUACAAGGUGGUGACAGCGGCGGCAUGGUGCGAGUCCUUGGUGGCUCGACAACCGCCAAGAAUACCGGCGGCUCCGUUGAAGUUGUCGGUGGUGUGUCAACGACGACCAAGCAUGGCAAUGUCACGCUUCGUGGUAUCGCUUUGGCAUCGGCUGCAAGCUUGGUCGCUGAAGGCGGCUCGGACGCGAUCGGUGGCGCCUUGGUUCUCUCGGCGGGCACUGCUACGAAUACGGGCGGUGCUGCUGUACUGGUGUCCGGCUCCGGCUCAGUCUCAGGUGCGAUCACGGUGUCAUCGGGUGCGGCGUCAGAAGCGACGGGUGCAACCGUCAUUCAGUCGGGUGCCACAUCCAGUGGGACCUCGGGCAGUGUGCAAUUGAGCUCUGGCCAAGGCGCCACGUCUUCGGGGAACGUUUUGCUCGGUUCUGGCCCAUCGGCGACCGCCAACGCUGGCACUCUCGAUGUAUUUGGUGGCUCGAGCGACCAAGGCCGUGGUGGCGACGUCGCGAUUCGUAGUGGCUCGAGUCGUCUUUCUCAAGCAGGCUCGCUGGUUGUCCAAGUCGGGAACUCGGGUGCUGCACGCGGCGAAGACCUCGUGUUGCUUGCUGGUGCGACGACGGGGUCUAUGAUGGCUGGGGGGACCGUGGCCAUCUCUGGUGGCGCUGGUACUACUGGCGGCCGCGUGCAACUCACUGCUGGUCAUGGUGUAACUGGCGGCGACUUGGCACUUGUCUCUGGUAAUGGAACGAUGGCGUCUGGCAACGUCUUGGUCGCAUCAUCAACGUCGGCUGGGUCGUCUGGCACCAUCAACGUGCGCUCGGGCGAUUCGUCGGCAGGUUCGUCUGGCGCGAUCGCUCUGAGUAGCGGUAACGGCGCCGUCUCUGGUGGUAUUCGAAUCAUCCAAGGCAAGAGUACGUCCACCGCAGCUCAAGACGGCAUCCAUCUUGAGAGUGCAAGCACGUCGGCUGAUAUCGGCGCGUCUAUCAUGGCUGUCUCGGGCGCGGGCAAACGCGUGUCCGGCGACGUGGCGCUCGCAAGUGGCGCCAACUCGCCCUUGAGUGGCAACGUCACAAUUACGUCGGGGCGCUCGACGGCGUCCGGUGAAGUUCGUGUAACGAGUGCUACAGCAACCGACACAGCGGGGCGGGUGGCAAUCCAAGCCGGUGCGGCCCGUCAAGGUGGCCAAGUGGCCAUCCAAGCGGGUGCGUCGGAUGAAGCCGUCGGAGCGAACGUUGUGAUCCAGUCGGGCGCGAGCGCGAAGCGCACGAGUGGUGAUGUGCGUCUGACGACGACGACCAAUGUGUCUGGUACGGGCAACAUCGACGUGGCCACGGGCGAUGCAACGGGCAACGAUGCCGGCGACAUUCACGUGCGCGGCGGCACGAGCUCCCGUGUCGGUGGGUCGGUAGCGUUGACGGCCGGUGCUGGUGCCAUGGUGCCAGGCCGAUUGUCACUCCAAGGCGGUACCUCGACUGCGUCCAAGGGUGGCGCUAUUGCGAUCAGUUCCGGUGCCAGUGGCCAAGAAAGCGGCAAUGUCGAGGUUGGAACGGGUGCUGGCGCCGAAAGCGGUGCUCUAGAGUUCGUCUCUGGCGUGGGUUCGAUUCGCAGUGGCGACGUGUCUGUUGCUUCGAGUCACGCUCCAGUGACCGGUAACCUCGUCUUGUCGACGGCGCAAGCCACGACAUCGUCUGGGAGUGUGACGAUCGCCGCUGGUCGUGCUCCCAACACCGCUGGAUUUGUACAUGUCUCGGCGGGUGCAAGCUCGUCGAGUUCUGGGGGCGCUAUCAAGCUCGCCGCCGGGUCUAGUCGAGUAAACGCCGGCGGCGCGACGACCAUCGCCGGCGGACAAGGCGAGACUUCUCUCGGAGGAAACGUCCGUGUCGUGGGUGGCGAAGGCCGUCUCGGCGGUGGUGCCGUGCACAUCCUCAGCGGCGGCAGCGAGACGAUCUCGGGCGACGUAAGACUCGCGUCGGCCUCGUCCGAUGCGAGUGGCAACACUUUGGUUACGACUGGUGACGCCAAGGUGUCGUCGGGCACGCUGGCCAUUUCGACUGGCAAUGCAACGACAACCUCCGGCUCGGUGCUCAUCAAGGCGGGUACGAGUGACACCUCCACGGGGCCCACUGUCUCUCUCGAAGCUGGCGGUGGCACCUCAGGUGGCACCCUCGCUCUUCAAAGCGGUGCUGGCCGCCUCGGCGCCUCUGGCGCCGUCGACAUUUCGUCUGCGAUGACUGGUUCUCGUUCUGGCGACGUGCGCUUGAGUUCCGGUGUCCACCGCGAUGCCUCAGGCCAUGUCACGAUCCUAACGGGGUCCUCCGAUGUGGCCUCUGGUGACCUUCAAGUCGCGUCCGGUAACACAACGGGUACCAGCCCUGCUGGCACUGUCAGUAUUGCCGGUGGGCACGGCCCGAACGUCGGUGGUCGUGUUCAAGUUAUCGCGGGCAACGCCGCGACUGCUACAUUCACGUCGGCUUCUACGCGAAGUCACAAGGCGGGUAACGUCCUUGUGGCUGCGGGGUCGAGCAGCGAGACCGAUGGCGGCGCCGACCUUGCGCUUGCAGGUGGUGCCGUUGCAAGCAGCCACGGCGGCGCGCAAGGCGGCGACGCGACAUUGUCGGGCGGCUCGGGGUCGGGAACGGCCUCGGGUGGUACCGUCCGCGUUGCUGGUGGCGCCUCCGAGAGUGCUACAAGUGGAAGCAUCGAUGUGUCAAGCGGUCGCAGCACGAUGCAGUCCGGCGACGCGCGCAUGUCGACAGCAUCGAGCGAUCGCACUGGCUCCGUGGCCAUUUCGAGUGGACACGCCGCGUCGCAGGGCUCGGGCUCCGUGAUUGUGUCGACUGGCGACAGCUCGGCUGCCGUUGGUCUCCUUCAAGUGCGCGCGGGUGCGAGCGCAAGUCAAGACGGUGGUAACGUUACCGUUUUGAGCGGUCGUGGGUCGCUCUCGAGCGGCGCCGUGACCAUAGCGUCCGAGGACUCGACGGCCUCGGGCAACGUGGGCGUGACGACGGGCGGCGCGACGGAUGCCUCGGGCUCUGUCGUCAUCUCGACCGGCGCUUCGCGACGCGCCGACGCGGGCAACGUCGAACUUCUUGCUGGCGAAUCGGGCCUCGGUCGUGGAGGCCGCAUCUCGUUGGUUGGUGGUCGUGGUCUUGUUGACAGCGGCGCCAUCAACCUUGCUUCGGCGUCGGCAUUGAAGACCGGGACGAUCUCGCUCGCAUCCGGCGCGGGCUCGGACGAGUCGGGCGCGAUCGACAUCGUGACGGGCGCGGCUGCGCGGGCGGGCGCUGUCCGCCUCGCCGGCGGCCGUUCGACCCACGAAGGCGGUACCCUUUCUAUUUCCGGCUCGACAUCGGAAACGGCGACUGGCGGCCGUCUAGCGCUCAUGAGCGGCGCGGGGACUGUCAGCGGCGACGUGGACGUUGCAUCGUCGGAAUCCGAGACGAGUGGCUCGCUUCGCUUCAGUUCUGGCAAUGGCGACCAAUCGUCCGGCGAUGUCGUUCUGGCAUCCGGUUUGUCUGCGGCAUCCGGUUCUGUCUUUGUGGCAUCGGGUUCCUCGGAAACAUCUGGCGGUGUCGCGAUGAUGUCGGGUGAAGGGUCACGGUCCGGGACCGUCAACAUCGGUUCGGGCGCGGGUGCCGUGGUGUCGGGCGACAUCGCCGUUGGAUCUGGCGCAAGCGACAACUCGGGCUCGUUGGCCAUUCGCUCUGGCGAAGGCGUUUUGUCUGGCAACGUUGUGGUCUCGUCAGGCCGUGGCUCGCGCGCCUCUGGUAGCGUGGUUGUCCAGUCGGGUGUCUCGCAGACAGCGCCCGGCGAGAUCCGCCUCGCGGUCGGGUCGGAAGGCUCGUCCCUGGUAUUACGCGACGACGGUAUUGUUUUGGCUGCCGGUGCGUUGCCGCAAGGGUCGAACAUUCGCGUCAACGCUGGUGCGGCUUCGGCAGGCGGCGACGGUGGUAUGGUUACGAUCGGCACUGGUGCGGGUACGACGAGCGGUCGUGUGGAAAUCGGCUCCACGAGCGCUGCAUCUACUGGACGUGUCAUUCUUGCGUCUGGAACGGCGCGUGAGGACGCGUCUGGUGCGAUGCACAUUCAGACUGGAUCCAGUGCCGCGGCCUCGGGUGCCGUUCGCAUCGAAAGCGGUGCAAGUACACGUACCGCUGGCGACGUGCUUGUCGCGGGCGGCGUGGGCGACACUACGGGUGGCUCGGUACGCCUCUCAAGUGGCGCAUCCAGUCAACAGGCCGGGACCAUCGCUCUCACGACGGCACCGAGUCGUCUUGGCAGCGAGAUUUCGCUGAUGACAGGCGACGCGUCGAGCGGCAGUGGUGCCAUUCGCCUCACGGCCGGAUCGAGCGACACUCAAGGUGGCGACAUUCUCGCUACGGCCGGUUCAUCGUCGACUGGGACGGCGGGCGCCAUCACGCUGCGUGCUGGGGCCAGCGAUUACAUGGUCGGUGGCAACGCCGAACUUGUGUCCGGUGCCGGCACACGUAGUGGGGACGUGCAUGUUCACAGCCCCCGCAGCGAUCAAACAAGUGGCCAAGUGCGCCUCGCGACGGGAGAGAGCGCCCAUGGAAGUGGCAGUUUGACCUUGCACACUGGUGUCGGUGAAUCCACGGGCGCGAUUCUUGUGGGCUCAGGGAAUGCAACCGCAACGCCGGGCCGCGUCGUAGUUUCCAGUGGUGCGUCUUUGACGAGCAUUGGCGGCGAAACGGCCAUUCUUGGCGGUGCUGGUGUGCGCGGCGGCUCUAUUCGUCUUGCGGCUGGCUCUGGCUCGACCCAUGGUGGUGCCCUCGACUUGCGCAGCGGCAGCUCGGUCGGCGACUCGGGCGAUGUCUCCGUGUCUUCUGCUCAAGAUGCGGCGACCAGCGGCCGCCUCCACCUCGUGAGUGGCGACAGUCAACUUCGCAGUGGCAACGUCACAUUGGCGACGGGAAUGGCGUCUGAAGCGGCCGGCAAUGUUCGUAUCUCUACCGGUGGCUCUGCGACUGGCGGAAACAUUGAACUGUCGACCGGCGCAUCAUCGGGGGCAAGUGGCAGCGUCCGCAUCUCGGCGGCGUCCAAUAUGGCCGCGUACGACGGCAGCAGAAUUGUCCUGCGGAGCGGCGACAGCCGCUCUGCCAUCGGCGGGGACAUUGACGUCCGUACCGGGGCUGGUGCUACCAGUGGCUCGCUUUCCUUGGCAACGGCCGAGUCGGCGAUCAGCGGGGGCAUUACGCUCCAAAGCGGCCAAGCAACCGACGGUCCAUCGGGUACCAUUGCGCUGUCGUCCAGCGACGGCGAUGUGACCAUUGAUGGUCGUCGUGCGCGCAUCUCGACCGUCGACGGGUUGCUGAAUCUAGCGGCAUCUGGCAAGGACGGUGUCGUCUCGCUCGCAACGGAGACGAGCGACAUUACCGUGACCACUGGCGCGUCUGGCGCGAUUACCAUUUCGACGUCCAAGAACGACCGCGGUCGCAGCGGCGAUAUUGCGUUACAGAGCGGUGCAAGCGCUGAUGCCGAAGCGGGCGUGGUGACAGUGCAAGGUGGCAGCGGGCUUCGCGGCGAUGUUCGCGUCUCUGCCGGCAGCGGUGCGAUCCAAGGCGGCAAAGUUGAAAUUGUCUCGGGCGCGGGGCGCGUGGCUUCAUCGAUUGAUAUUGCCGUCGGUCGAUCGGUUCAAGAUGGCGGUAGCUUGCGGCUGACCGCUGGCGCCAGCCACUCUGCAACAGGCGGUGACGUCAUUGUCGCUGCUGGGAGCUCGGAAACACGUGGCGGUCGUGUCCAUCUGGCGAGCGAAUCAAACGGCGGCACGGUCGAUGUUACGUCGGACGGCGAAACGUCUGUCACAGCGGCGACGGUCGCAGUCCAUGCCACUGUUGGUGAUAUUUCCAUGCUGGCUGCGUCGUCGGAUGCAAGCAGCGGCGCCAUCAACCUCAGCGCUGGCAGCAGUCGCAACAUUGGCGGUGCACUCUCGAUCACAAGUGGACAAGGGCGCGUCGGCGGCAACGUUACGAUUCUCAGCGCUGCGUCCAAGACCGCCGGACAGUCCGGGCACAUCUCAGUAUUGUCCGAGGCGUCUUUGGACGCAUCGGGCUCGGUCUCGGUUGCAUCGGGUGACUCCCUCAACACUCGAGCCGGUGCUGUUCACGUGCGAUCUGGUGACAGUAGCGCUGCGGACGGAGCCUCUGUCCAAAUAUCUGCCGGUAGUGCCAAGCGCACUGGUGGGCAGGUGACGCUUCUCGGCGGUGCCGGUCUAACCGGCGGCGACGCGGUGGUCACGAGCGGUGCGGGCGACAUGUCGUCUGGACGCCUCGAUCUCGCGUCGGCGGCGUCGUCGAGCGGCAAGAGCGGCGACGUCCGUUUGCGCUCGGGCUCGUCCAGUGUGCAGUCGGGUCGCGUCGCGAUCGAAACCUCAAAGGGGGCUACCUCGGGCGAUAUCACGCUCGCGGCAGGGUCGGCACAAGGUACGGCUGGCUCGUUGUCGUUGACGACUGGCGACAGCCAACAGCAAGACGGCGGCGCAUUUGUGCUUCAAACAGGUGCAAGCCAGGCGAGCCAAGGCGGCGACGUCGCGAUGGUCACGGGCAAAGGGUCAAGCGGUGACCUUGAGCUCACGACGGGGGCGGGCAAGUCAAGUGGCCGCAUUCGCAUUGUGUCGGGUGCGGCUGCUGACCAAGGUCGCAUCGAACUGCGUGGGCACUCGAUCGACGCGCAAGCCUCGGUGGGCGAUGUGACGCUGAACGCGGGGCGUGGCAUUGCGAUCUCAGGUGGUUCAUCUGGGUUCGGUGGCGACAUUGGCAUCGUGAGUGGUCCAAGUGCCUCAGCAGCAAGCGGUGCCGUGACCGUUUCAUCGGCGGCCAGCGUCCUCGGUUCCGGUGACACAAUCGUCGCAACCGGAUCCAGCCCAGCUGGUGCAUCCGGCUCUCUCGAUCUCCAUGUGGGUGCGUCGGAAACACCUGGUGCACUUCGGCUGACGGGUGCGACGUCGCCCAACGUCGGUGGCCCGAUUGCGGUUGCUGGCGGCGCCGGCAAGGUCGGCGGUGGCGUCUCGAUCAAUGGUGGGCGUGGUAACAUGCACGGCGGCGACGUGUCUGUCAUGUCUGGGGAGGGUGAGCGGCAAUCGGGACGCGUCGUUCUCGCGUCGGCGGCGGCGCGUGGUCCAUCCGGGCCUCUCACGCUGACGUCCGGUGACAGCGCAGACGCGUCGGGUGACAUCACAUUGGCGCCCGGCCGCGUGGUCGACGGCAAAGCGGGUGACACGUCCAUUCAUGGCGGCCACGGACGCUUGGGCGGGUCGAUCAACCUCAGCAGCGGACGCGGUACGGAGCAGCAUGGCGACAUUGCGAUGACCGGCAAGACGGUGCGCACGCGGGCCGACGAUGCAGUGGACGUGACGACGGGAACGUCGUCGCUUUCCAUGUCCUCCAAGGAUGGUCUCUCGAUCAAGAGCUCGAUUGUCGAGGUCAAGAGUGUCAACUUUACGGCGCAUGUCGACGGCCAGUUUGCGGUGGCGCAUACCAACAAGGACGGGUCGCGCAACAUUACGCUGCGCGCACUCCCCGACAUGGUCAUGAGCCACGUGCCCAUCCAAGCCGCGAAGCUAUUGACGCCGUCCGACAGUCGCAUCAAGACCAACAUUGAGAGCUUUGACGAAGAGGACAUUUAUCAACGGCUGCAGAAGCUCGAGCUCAAGUCGUUCAAGUACACAAACGCAUGGAGCAAGAUGAUGGGGCUUUCCAACGAGACGAUUCGCGGUGUCGUUGCGCAGCAAGUCGCCGAGAUUUUCCCAGAGUAUGUGGAUGUCCGCGAGGACUUUCACGUGUCGGACCACGGUGUGCGUGUGGCAAACCUUACGCAGGUCAAUACGCAAGCGAUCGUUCUCGACUUGUUGGCCGCGCUCCAGGCGCAGCAACGUCGACUCGCGCUCGGUGCCAACACGCCGGAUCUCAGCGGUAACUUGGACCUCUCCACUGCCAGCACUGGCGAGUAUUACAACAGUGCGGGUAAAGGCGCAACGGGUAACGUCACCGUCACGACGGGCACGUCGAACGGUGGCAACUCUGGCACCAUCCGCAUUGCGACGGGUGGUGCUCGCUCCGGUGUGGUCGGCUCUGUGCAAAUUGCUGGCGGCAGCAGUGACGUGUCGGCUGGUGGUCGGAUUGAGAUCACUGGCGGCAAUGUGAACCGGGUCGGCAGUGUCGGUGGCGACGUCUUGCUUCGGUCCGGGUCCGGCACGUCAGCGUCAAGUGGCGCGGUCAACAUCACUACUGGAGACGCAGGGACCAGCGGCGACGCUGGCGCCCUCUCCCUUGGCUCGGGAAGCGCGCCUUUGGGCCAAAGCGGCCUCGUGACGCUGUCCAGUGGUGAUGCUCAGGCGGAUGUUGCAGCCAACGUGCGCGUCCUCGCAGGCAGCGGGCGUCGCCAAGGUGGUGCAGUCGAAGUCACCGCUGGGUCAUCGAACGACCGAGUCGGUGGCGCUGUUCGUCUAACGUCGGGUACCGGCAACCAGCAAGUGUCGGGCGACGUCACGCUCAGCAGUGCGUCGUCGACGCACGGGUCAGGCCAGCUCGUGUUCAAGACAGGCGACGCUACGACGGGCCCCGCCGGCCGUAUCAGCCUCUCGACGGGCGCAUCGAGCUCGGGAAGCUCCAUAUCGGUGGCGUCGAGUGGUACAAUGACGCUCGAAACGCGUACGGUGUCGGCGUCGACGGUCCGCAACGACUUGAUUGUUGGUUCCGCGCUGGCAGACAGCGGCGAGUCUGGUGGUGUCUUGCUCUCGGUCGGCGGCUCGCGAUUCGGCGUUGGCGCGCUGUCACUCGUGGGCGGGGCCGGCGUCGCUUCGCCUGGUGGCUCGGUCAUCGUGGCGGCAGGCUCGUCCGUGUCGUCAAGUGGUGGUGUGACGACGGGUCAAGCCACUGUCGCCUCGGGCGACGCGAGAACGGGCGCCUCGGGCGUUGUGUCAGUGCAAACGGGCGACGCGCUUAAAGGUGCCGCCGGCAACCUUCGUCUAGCUGUCGGUGCAAGCGCAAGCAGCGACGGCGGCUCCGUCUCAAUCACGGCAGGCAACACACUGGCAUCACGCGGCGGCCAUGUCAACCUCGUCAGCGGCUUUGGCUCGGAGACCGGCGGCAACGUCUCGCUGACGACUGAAGCGCGAGGCAGUAUCAAUUUGGCCACCGGUCGCAGCACUGGAGCCAAGAGCGGGGACGUCUCGAUUCGUGUGGGCUCAACCUCGAAUGCUGCGGGCGGCAACGUUCAAGUCGCGGCCGGCGAUAGCGAGUCGCUUCAAGGCGGGUCUGUCGUGGUGUCGGCAGGUGCAAGCCAAACAAGAACCGGUGGCGCCGUCGUGCUCUCGUCCGGUGGCAGCCCCAGUGCGUCGACAGGCUCUGUGACCGUUGUGUCUGCCGCGGGCGCGUUGUCUGGUAACAUGACAAUUGCGACGGGUGCCGGUAAGGGCGCAGCGUCCGGUGUGGUUCGCAUUGCAUCCGGCGCUGCUCAAGAUGGUAGUACUGGUACCGUGGUGAUGUCGUCGGGCUCGACGUCCAGUAUGUCGCGAACCACGCGUGCUGGCUCCAUCAACAUUCUCGGCGGUGAUGGUCAAGCUGGGUCGGGUGGUACCGUCACGAUCGGCGCCGGCUCGUCGGCAACACAAGUCGGUGGCAACGUCGUCGUGCAAUCGGGCGCAAGUGGCUCUCGUAACGGCGGGGACGUGGUUCUUGUCACCAAGAACUCGGAACAAGACGGAGCUAGUGGUAGUAUCUCGCUCUCGACGGGCAGCGCCAACAGCACGGUUGGUGACAUUUCCCUUCAGACGGGAUGGUCCUCGGCGGGGCGAGCGGGUGACAUUUCGCUGGCUGUUGGCACGACCCAACACGGUUCGGGUGGUGUGAUUUCGCUGCAAAGCGGCAACUCCACGGCAGAUCGCAGCAGCGGUGGCGACGUUGUCGUGCAAACGGGAUCGGGGCGUAGUCAAACGGGCUCAAUCUCGGCAACCACCAUGUCUGGCAGUGUGGCAACGGGGACGAUCACGAUAGCCUCGGGACAGUCGCUUCGUCAAGCAUCUGGUGCCGUAAGUGUGGCCUCGGGCGGCUCGCGUGGAGCCAACACGGGCAACAUCGAUUUGCGAACGGGUGAUACUCAAAGUCCACAAGCGUCGGCGGGCGACAUCACGCUCCAAGGCGGCGCGUCGGUUGGCACGUCCGGCGGCAGCGUAAUCUUGGCCGGUGGCAGCAGUGAUCUUGGUGUCGGCGGGGCGUUGCUUCUCCAGAGCGGCGUUGGCGUCGGCAACUCCAGCGGUUUGCGGCGACCUCCAGCUCUCUACGGGUGCUUCAUCGAAGGUCAGCGGCUCGAUCUCUUUGGUCUCGGGAAGCUCGCCAACUGGUCAAGCCGUGGUGCCGGGGUUACAGUCGCCGCUGGCGACAGCCUCGUGCAAACCGGUGGCUCCAUCAAUUUGAUGAGCGGGACCGGCGUAGCAUCGUCAAGCGGCAACAUCGCGCUACAGACGGCGCCGUCACUAGCAACCAAGGCCAAAACUCAGUACUCUUCCGGGGCCAUCUCGCUGGCUACUGGCACGAGCGGCUUCGGAACCAGUGGUGGGCUGACGCUCUCGACGGGUCCCGCGACAGGAGGCGCCGGCGGCUCAAUUCUCUUGCAAGUGGGCGAUGGCACGAUUGCAACGGGUGGUAGUGUCCAGGUCAACGCUGGCACUGGCGCUACUACUGGCGGUCUCGUUUCGUUGCAAGGCGGUGUCGGAAGUCUUACCGGCGCCAGCAGCACCGCGACCGGCGGUCAAGUUGUGAUCACGUCUGGCCAAGGCCUUGCAACGUCGAGUGGCGCAAUUUACCUCUCCACGCCGAACUCUGGACCCUCUGGCGUCUCCGGCUUGCUCAGCUUCAGCAGUGGUUCGAGCAACUUGGGGCCGUCUGGUGCUCUACUCUUUGAUACUGGUACCAGCAACCUCGGUGGCGCGUAUCUCUUCAAGCCGGCGCGACAACUGGAGCCGGUUUACAAGGUGGUCUUGUGCAAUUGA